AUGUUCCCGGGAGUUUUCUAUGCACUGCUGGCAGGUUUCCUCGGGGCUGUGGCGUCGUCGUCGGCCAAGCUGUCCCUCGGAGCCGACUAUCUGAAGGGAGUCUGCGAAACCGGACUCCGGACGUGGGGUGAGCAGCGGAAAUUUCGACAAGCGGACGAAACGACCGCCUGUGACCGGGUGAGAGCCGUCGUUAAAGUAGCGUAAAUUAUUAACACGGUGAGGAUGGCUGUUUGUGAAUAAUGCAGCGUGGAGCGUGCCUGCCUGCUAGCGGGGGUAGUCUCUCUCUCUCCCUCUCUUUCACACAGAGGAAGUUGGGGGGUUAUCCCCGCCCGCCUCUCUUCCCUGACUCCAUCAGCAUCAGCACCAUCAGGGGAGCCCAUGCUGCAGCUGCGCUCGCGUGCCGUGGACGCGUGCUUGAAUGACAUUGCAGCUCCAUGUCUUAUCGCGUGAUUUUUCCAAGCGUGUAACUUGUCUCACAGUUAAGGUGUUGAUGGCGAGGAGAGAGGAUGUGAUAUUAAGGGGGGUGUCAGGUUUCUGGUGGGUGACCUUCACUCUCCUCAAACGUCACACAGUGAUGUCAGAAACAUCUGCAGGCAGCCUGACACGAGGGAAACGUCAAACCGUGACCUUUAACGUGAAGGGUCAUUAGAAUAGCAAAUACGCAGGUGCAGGUAAAUGCAAAACAAGCAUGAAAGAUUUGACUGUGUAAUGAGAAUUUAAAUAUAAAGAGAAGUAGGAAGCUUUUUUUCCAUUUUAAAUCUGCAAAUGAUCUGCCAUGAACUACACUGACUUUAGUGCAAAUGUGUUACUUUAAAGGGAUAUUCUGGUGUAAAAUUAAUAUAGCAUGAAACACCGUAACACCGAGUUAGACACCCCCUAGAGAGAUGAAUGUUGUCGACCGCUUGCAACUUUAGUAAUGACCACAGGAUAGCAAUACACAGCAGUCUGAGGAGCCAUAAACAAACCUCAACCAAACGCCACUCUAUAGCCACAAAUAAUGCUCAGAACAACACCUAACUUCAUCAACAGUACAUAUAGGGUCCCAGCCAUAGUACUAGCCACCAAACAUCUUUUUAGCUUUGCCUGAUUUCUUUAACAAAGAGACUAAAAACAACUCACCUACUCUCUUCCAGCAGCCGCUUGUUUGUAGUGAGACCUCGGGCCAGUCCAUUAUGGAAAACAGUGGGGUGACGCAGCUCAAGGAAGAACAUUUAUGAUCAUUUUUCCAUCAUUUCCAUGAAGUAAUAAUCACCAUAUUAAUCAUUUUGCACUGCAGACGCAACAGUUCUUCUGCCUUAGCGCCUCAGUCUGAUUGCAUUUCCAUGAAGAAAUCAGCAUAAAUGUUCUUGCUUGAGCUGCGUCACCCCGCUGCAGUCAAUGGACUCGCCUGGAGGUCUCUACCAUACCUUGGCUCGUACUGCAAAAACAUUCACCCCAGCCAUAAUACAGAGUCAGACAGCUCUCUAAACUCCAGAGCAUGUUGCUUAAUCUUUUAUAUUAACGUUUGUUCAAUGACUUUUUCAAGCUCAAUGAUAAACAUUUUCUGUGCCUGACUUUGAUGUUCACUGUCGUGUAAAAAAAAAAAUGAUAACUAUAAUUUUGUCCUUGUUUUAUAAGCUGCAAUAUCCACUGUGACAUCUUACCCCAUGUAGUGAGACAACUUACCCGAUGGUGGGGCAACUUGUCACAUUUGAUUGCUUAUAACUGUACUGAGAAAAGAUAUAUAUCUAAGACUUUGGUCUUUCAUGUGGUAAACAUUUUGUUUACGUAUAAUGUAUUGAUUCCAAGUAAUAUAUAAGAGUGUAAAAAGUGUGACAACAAGCCCUGGUCUCCCCUACUAAUAUAAAUAAUAAACUCUUAAAGUGCUUUUCAGAACUGCGGUUACGAGGUGCUAUACAGGCAGACAUCAAAAUCGAAGAGGUAAAAAUAGCACAGUAGUGAGGAAAAGGCUCUACGAUAAAAAGCUGAUUUUAGUGCAAAUUUAAAGGAGGAUAUAGACUCAGCUGAUCUAAGAUCCUCAAGCAGGAAGUUCCAGAGCUUAUAGGCCAGAACAGCAAAAGCCCCAUCACCUCUGAACUCCAGCCAAGGUUCAGAAACAAUCAGGGAAUUCUUACCAGAGCAUCUCAAACAGCAAUUUGGUGUAUAAUAGUUCAAUGACACAGCCAUAAUGGAUAACCAGUUCGAAACAGAUGGGUUUUUAGGCAGGAUUUGAAAGUGGGAAGAGAGUCAGAUUCGCAGAUUGCUUGUCGUAGAGAGCCCAAGGAAAACAGAUUAGAGAGAGUUACAGUAAUCAAUAAGGAGGUAAACAAAGCAUUGACAAGAAUAGUGUCAUGUUUGGUGUGAGAGAUAAGUGGAGACAAUUGCUAUUACACAAGCGGAAAUAUGCAGACCUUACAUUAUUGAUGUGUGCUCCAAAGACGAGAGUGCUGUUGAGAAUGACACCCAGACACCAGACAUCCGACUUGGAGAGAGGGAGAAACUGUAGAGUUGUCUACAACAAGUCUGAAACCAUUUGUUUUAGCUUGAGUGGGUUUGAAACCAAUGAUGAGAGGCUGUUUUAGGCAGUUAUGACAGAUUUAACAUCAGGUAGACAAAGGACGAGGUUUGGCUUGAGGGGCUGAUAGUGUCAUCAGCAUAGUAAAGAAAACGAAUACCAGAUUUUCUGAGAACAUGACCUACAAGUGAGGCUGCAGCCAAUAAACAAAAGAGGACCCAGGAUAGACCCCUGGGGAACACCGAAGAGGGCUCUGAUCAGUAGUUUUUAAACAUAAUAAUGGUAUGAGGUGUGAUGAAUGAUGGAUAUGUUUCAUGCAAUAGCUGUCUUUACAACAUGCUAAUUCUCAAUCUAAAAUUAAUCCAUGAAAUUAAUCUAAGAGUAGCUGUUGGCAAAUUUAAGCUUCAUCUAACUGCAUCAUGAAGAUCGAGAAACACAGCCAUUAUACCUUGAGGUACCACCUAGUGAAAUGUAAGGAAGUGUUGCUUGUUUAACUGUGGCAACUUUCAGACCUUACCAAUGACACUGCAGCUACUUGUGCUGCCCUACUUCAAGGCCUCUGAGCUCAAGGGCUUUUGGUUAAACAGGCCCUUACAUAAAUAGUUAAAGAGUUCUUUACAUUUGCAUCAAAUUUGCUGUCUCUUUAUUUCAGCUGCAUAUCCCUCUGCGGCUGCUGUGUGGCGGACUACUUUUCACCUGCAAUGCUGUGAUGUGGACCUUUCUUGCCAAAGCACUCAGGUAUUCCUCUUCCUCCACCCGAACCACUGUGACCACCACCGCCUCCAACUUUAUAUCUUCUGUAAGUAACAGCCUCCUUUUUCCAGAUCUCUACAGUGUCUUUUUACAAUGUCGUAACCGUAUGCCUCCUAAGUGGAAUAUAGGUUAAUUUUACAGUAACCUUACACCCUUGUCUCCUUAUAUAAGCUGAUUAAUUUUAGAAAAUAGGCUGAACCACAUUCAGAAAUAACAUCUUGGACUGAUUUAGGAUUAUUAUGGGAUGACUACCUCAUAAACAAUGGAUCUCUAUUAGCUGUCGUUUAAGAGGCCACAUUAUCUGUUCUUCUCUGCAGGCUUUCCUGGGGCAGCUUAUCUUUGGUGAAGCCCAGAUAACAUUGUGGUGGGUUGGGAUCUCCUUGACCUUCUCCGGUUUGUUGGUACUGCAGAAGGUUUCACCGCAGGACGGACACCAGAACACAGCUGCUAAAGAUGAAUAA